AUGGCCUUCCUCUCGCUGGGUUUCUUGGCCCUCGCCCUGGCCACCACUGCCCAGCAGACCAACAGCAGCAGCUGCGACACCAUUGAGCAGGGCUACACAUGCUCGCCCGAGAUCUCCCACUACUGGGGCCAGUACUCGCCGUACUUCAGCGUGCCGUCCAACAUCUCGGCCGAUAUCCCAGAGACCUGCACCCUGACCUUCGCGCAAGUGCUAUCCCGGCACGGCGCGCGCGACCCCACUUCGGGCAAGACGACCAAGUACAACGACACAAUCAGCAAGAUCCAGCAAAACGCGCAGAGUUUCGCGGGCAAGGCGGCCUUCCUCAAGGACUUUACAUACGACCUUGGAGCGGACGAGCUGACCGCGUUCGGGGAAACGGAGCUGUACAACUCGGGCGUGAAGUUCUACGAGCGGUACCAGGCGCUGGCGCGGGGGCACAGGCUGUUCGUGCGGGCGUCGGCGCAGAGUCGCGUCGUGGCCAGCGGACAGCACUUCACCGAGGGCUUCCACGCGGCCAUGCAGGCGGACAAGGCCGCGAACCGCUCCGCCGACUUUCCGUAUGAUCUGCACCCCGUUAGUGAGGCCGAGGACCAGAACAACACCAUGAGCCACGCGCUGUGCACCGCGUUCGAGAACGAAGACGACGACGCCAUUUCCGCGCGCGGCCAGGGCAUCUACUCGGACCUGGUGUUCCCGGCCAUCACCGCGCGCGUCAACAACGAGAUCCUCCCCGGCGCAAACCUCACCCAGAAAGAAACCUCCUACCUCAUGGACCUAUGCCCCUUCUACACAGUCGCAGACCCCUCGGGCGCCCUUUCCCCCUUCUGCGCCCUCUUCACCGAGCACGAAUGGAAACAAUACGACUACUACCAAACGCUAGGCAAAUACUACCACUACGGGGCGGGCGACCCACUGGGGCCGACACAAGGCGUGGGCUACGCAAAUGAGCUCGCAGCGCGGCUCACGCGCUCACCCGUCCAAGACCGCACGAGCAGCAACCGCACGCGCGACGCGGACCCAGCCUUCUUCCCACUCGGCGCCAACGACCGCCUGUUCGCCGACUUCUCGCACGACAACGACAUGACGGCUGCGUUUUUCGCGCUCGGGCUGUUCAAUGCGACAGAGCCGUUGACGCCGGAGCAGCGCGCGGAGCCCGCGCUGACGGCGGGCUAUGCGAGUGCGUGGACGGUCCCGUUUGCGGCGAGGCUGUAUGUGGAGGCGUUUAGGUGUGCUGAGGGGGAGGAGGAGUACGUCCGCUUUGUGCUGAAUGAUCGCGUGCUGCCGCUGGGUUGCGCGGAUGAGAAUGGUGCUUGUAAGCUUAGCGAGUUUGUGGAUGGUUUGGCGUUUGCGCGGAGUGGUGGGAAGUGGGACCAGUGUUUUGAGUAG